AUGAGUGUAUGUACAAAAUGUACAAACGCAUUUCCAGCAGGAUCUCGUAUCACUGAGUUUGAUGGCAAACAGUACCACCCGGAAUGUUUUGCUUGUGCUGAUUGUCAAAAAGCAAUUACAUCACAAUUCUAUCCAUUCAAUAAUGAUUAUCUAUGUGCGGCAUGUCAUGAAACACGUUUUCCACGCAAACGUUGCGCUAAAUGUGGUUCAGUGAUUACAUCGGCUGGUAUUACAUUUGCUGGUGCGUCGUAUCAUGCGACUUGUUUCGCAUGUGUAACAUGUAAACAACCGAUAUCAGCUCAAUCAAAAAUCUCUUUGGUCGAUGGUCAACCGUGUUGUGUGAAUUGUUAUGAAGAUAAACACGCAAAACGAUGUAGUCGCUGUCAGAAAGCCAUACUUGCUGAUGUUGAAUAUCUGGAAUUCGAAGAUAAAUAUUGGCAUAAAGAAUGUUUCACAUGUUCAAAGUGUCAGAAAUGUAUUGCUGAGGAAAGUUUCUAUCAAGAUGGAAAUUUAAUAUUGUGCAAAGAUUGCAUUUAA